AUGGCAAUUUCAAACUGGGGUUACCAUUCGUGGCGAGCCGGCCGACCCCGUUGCUGUGAAGACAGUGCUAUAGGUUGGACAUUGUCUGGGCCACUACAAUACGAUAUGAGCAGCACAACAUGUCGGGUAGCGCAUGUAAAUAUUGUAGCAAAGGAUGAGCCUCUUGCAUGUGAUGUUCAAAGAUUAUGGGAUUUAGAAACGUUAGGUACACAACCAGUAGAUGAGGUGCAUGAGGAAUUUGUCGAUAACAUUUCCUUCAGUGAAGGAAAAUAUUCAGUAAAAUUGCCUUGGAAAGAGAGUCACGACAACUUGACAAGUAAUUACGAAAUGUGUAUAUCGCGACUGAAAGGUCAAGUUAAGAAGCUUAAGCAUGACCCUGCGCUUUUGAAUGAGUAUGACGCAAUUAUACAACAGCAGCUAAGUUCGGGCGUUAUUGAAAAGGUCGCAAAACUAGAAAGCGCAGAAAAGGUGCACUACUUACCACAUUUGGCCGUGGUGCGAAAGGACGCAGUAACGACGAAGCUGCGCAUUGUCUACGAUGCCUCUGCGAAGAGCGGGGGCAAAAAGAGCGCGUCUCUAAAUGAAUGUUUACAUGUAGGGCCUUCAUUGAAUCCGUUGCUUUUUGACAUUUUAGUACGUUUUAGACAAAAGAGAGUAGCCUUGAUUGCCGAUAUUGAAAAAGCAUUUUUAAAUAUAGAAGUUGAUAAAGCUGAUAGGGAUUGUUUACGAUUUUUGUGGUUAAAAGACGCGAAAAAUGCAAGUUCAGAAGUUGAGGUUUAUAGGUUCUGUCGAGUGGUAUUUGGGCUAAAUUCCUCUCCAUUUCUGUUAAACGCAACUUUAAGGUAUCAUUUUUCAAAAUAUAAGGGAUUAGAUCCGAAGUUCGUUGAGACAAUGAUUGAGAGUUUCUAUGUGGACGAUAUGGUCACAGGUGACGAGAAGAGUGAACUAGCUUACGAUUUAUACUUAAAAGCUAAAACUAGGUUAACCGAAGGCGGAUUUAAGCUUCGGAAAUGGAAAACAAACGACGACGGUUUGAGGGCGCGAGUCGGAAACCGCAAUAUUGCAACAAAACAGCGUGGAAGAAAAUGA